CUUGCGGAUGGUUGGCAACACUGCCCGGGGGAACACACACAGCCGGUUGUCAGAAUUUACGUUUUUAUUUUUACGCUUGUGUUACGGCAACAAAGUCGCCUGAUAUCUGCAUCUGGAACUCUGGGUCUGGGUCUGGUGAAAUCCCCCUCGUCAGACGGCAGUCAGUAAUAGUGCCGCCCUUUAUUGGACUUUUAUCUCAAGUGCGCGAUUAGAUUUGGAGCAGAAACUUGGAUCGCAGAUCGACGGAGGCAUAAGGAAUAAACAUAGUGUCAUGAAUUCCAUCCUGAUUACCGGCUGCAAUCGAGGUCUGGGGUUGGGAUUGGUAAAGGCCCUUGUCAGUCUUCCCCAGCCGCCGCAGCAUCUCUUUACCACUUGCCGCAAUCGCGAACAGGCCAAGGAGCUGGAGGAUCUGGCCAAGAACCACUCAAAUAUCCACAUCCUGGAGAUUGAUCUUAGAAACUUUGAGGCCUACGACAAGCUAAUUGCCGACAUCGAUGGCGUGACCCAGGAGCAAGGCCUCAAUGUGCUCUUCAACAACGCCGGCAUAGCGCCCAAAUCGGCGAGGAUAACGGCCGUGCGUUCGCAGGAGCUGAUGGACUCUUUGCAGACCAACACGGUGGUGCCCAUUAUGCUGGCCAAGGCCUGCCUGCCGCUGCUGAAGAAGGCGGCCAAGGCGAACGAGUCGCAGCCGAUGGGCGUGGCACGUGCCGCCAUCAUCAACAUGUCUUCGAUCCUGGGCUCCAUUCAGGCCAACACCGAUGGUGGGAUGUAUGCCUAUCGCACUUCAAAGUCGGCUCUAAAUGCGGCCACCAAGUCGCUGAGCGUCGAUCUAUAUCCGCAGCGCAUCAUGUGCGUUAGCCUGCAUCCGGGCUGGGUGAAGACCGACAUGGGUGGCGCCAAUGCGCCCCUGGAUGUGCCCACCAGCACGGGUCAGAUUGUGCAGACCAUCAGCCAGCUGGGCGAGAAGCAGAACGGCGGCUUUGUCAACUACGAUGGCACUCCGUUGGCCUGGUAAGGAACGACAAUGCCUGUUUUAGCUGCAUUUCGCUUCUGUUUGUUAAUUGUUGUUGAAUAAAUUUGGCUCUUAUGCCAAGGGUGCUACAAAAUUUAA